GGGCCGGCCAAGUGAUGUUCUAUAUGUGAUGAGGCAACCUUGCUGCCAUGGACAUCAGAACGUUCAGAAUAUUGAGCUUCUCACUUCUUCUUCCUCUUCUUAAGGCACCGUCCCUGUUUAGCUGGGGGCGAAGGGGGGACGAUUCGGCCUAGAGAAUACUGAGCAAACUGGUACCGCUGUUGGGGAUGGGAACACUCAACUGCACCUAACCGUCGCAAGAUUCGUCCACGUGGACUUCCAUACGACUGCGUUCGGUAGAAACCUGAAUCUCAAAAAAGAAAGAGCCUUUCGACAGAAACAACGAUGGAGGACGCGCAGGUAAAAGAACGCGUGUCAAACGGCGUCACCGAGGAAGAGGACGUCGUGACCCCGUGGACGGUUACGAGCGUCAACGAUACUGGAAUUGAUUACGACAAGCUAAUCAAGAAAUUUGGCAGUUCGAAGAUAGAUGAUGAAUUGUUGGCCAGAUUUGAGAAAAUCACUGGCAAAAAACCACAUCAUUUUCUCAGGAGAGGCAUAUUCUUCUCCCACCGAGACAUGCAUACUAUUCUAAACCUUUACGAGCAGGGACGGUACUUUUACUUGUACACGGGCAGAGGACCGAGCACCCAUGCGAUGCACUUGGGUCACCUCAUACCUUUCAUGUUUUGUAAAUGGCUGCAAGACGUUUUCGACGUUCCAUUGGUCAUACAGUUGACGGACGACGAGAAAGCUAUAUGGAAGAACAUAAAAGUAGAGGAUGCCAUCAAACUGGCCUAUGCCAAUGCAAGAGACAUCAUCGCCUGUGGCUUCAAUCCCAAGAAGACCUUUAUUUUCUCCAACCUGGAAUACAUAGGAAGCAACUUUUUUCACAAUGUGACAAAAAUAUGGAGACGUGUCACAUUGAAUCAGGUGCAGAGCAUCUUUGGUUUUGGUGACAGUGAUCCAAUGGCCAAAAUUGCGUUUCCACCGACACAGGCGGCGCCAGCGAUCUCUAGCUCAUUCCCCUUUAUCUUCAAGGAUGCCAAGGUACACUGCUUAAUACCAUGCGCGAUUGACCAAGAUCCUUAUUUUCGUAUGACAAGGGAUGUGGCGCCUAGACUAGGCUACCCCAAGCCGGCUUUGUUGCACGCCACCUUCUUCCCAGCAUUGCAGGGCUCGAGAACGAAGAUGUCGGCGAGCGACGACAACACGGCAAUAUUUCUUACAGACACUGUCGAGCAGAUUGAGAACAAGAUCAAUGAGCAUGCGUUCUCAGGUGGCCAGGCCACUGUAGAAGAGCACAAACGACUCGGCGGAAACUGCGAGGUGGACAUAUCGUAUCAGUGGAUGCGAUUCUUCCUCGAGGAUGACGAGCGAUUGGAACAAAUCAGAAAGGGCUACAUCAGUGGAGAGAUCCUGCCUAGCGAGCUGAAGAAGGAAUUAAUUGAUGUGUUGCAGCGACUAGUCUCCGAGCAUCAAAAGGCGAAAAGUAAAGUAACGGACGAAGUGAUUAAACAAUUUAUGGUUCCUAGAGACCUCGACUUCGUGUCGAAGGCAAAGUAAUCGUUUAGCGAGGACACGUUGGAAGCACGCACGAAGCACCGAUCCUCCUGCUUCUGCACUGGAGAUCUAUUUAAAUCUAUUUAUUACAAAACACGCCGCAACUACGUUCUGUAUACAAAACUGCAUUCUACGAUAUUUUUAAGCACCGUCUUUAUUGAAAAAUUAAAUUAAUUUUUCUAUCGAU